AUGGGUUUGGAGAUCGGAGGUGGUUCCUUGGAAGUAGAAGCUCAAGCACUGACUAUUCUCCAUUGGAGUCAACUAUCAGAUCACAUUGGGCGGAAGCCUUUGAUACUGACCGCUCUAUUCAUAAUAGCGGUUUCGAUGUUCUCGUUUGAACUGUCGAAAACUUUUUUUUGGUCUGGUGGCGAGCUCUUUCAUAGCCCGAAGGCCAUCAGUGCGAAAUUUGUGGGGUGCUUUGUUGAAAUCACUCAGAACGAGAGCUAUGCACUGCGGCACAACAACAUUUACGAGGCAGCAAAGAAGUUCAGAUGGAAUGGUGUUGCCAUAGACCACACCGAGCUGGACACAUUUGAACUGCUUGAUCUUGAUCUCAAUUAA